GUAUAAAUUCGUGGAGCAGAUUGUUUUCAACCAGUCUUACUGUUUCUUCUCAGUUUAGGUUUUCUUUAGUGAUCACUAAGAAAUUGUCAGCACCCAGUGAGGUCUACAAUUUCGAAUAUUUCAACAUGUCAGUAAAUCAAGUUCGUCAAAACUUCCAUGAAGAUUCUGAAAAUGGCAUCAACAAGCAGAUUAACAUGGAACUCUACGCAAGUUAUGUAUAUUUGUCUAUGGCAUAUUACUUUGAUCGUGAUGAUGUAGCACUGCAUGGAAUCAGUGAGUACUUCCGGAAGUCAUCAGACGAGGAACGGGAGCAUGCCCAGAAACUGAUGAAGUACCUCAACAAGCGAGGCGGAAGAAUCGUAUUGUUUGAUGUGAAGCAGCCACCGAGGAAUGAUUGGGGCAAUGCUGAAGAGGCUUUCACUGCUGCACUUCAUCUUGAGAAAGAUGUCAACACUAGCUUGCUGUCAUUGCAUCAGAUUGGAACCAUACACAAUGAUGCCAACCUCUGCGACUACUUGGAGUCCGAGUUCCUACAGGAGCAGGUCGACUCCAUCAAGUCAAUUGGAGACUUGCUGACCAACAUCCGUCGUGUUGGCAAGGAUGGCCUUGGCAUCUACAUCUUCGACAAGGAGUUCAAGUCCUAACUCGCCCCAGUACUCACUCUGUAGCUGCAGGACCAUUGUUUAUCCCCCUGCAUAUGUUAUUAUACUAUCAACUUUCUGUUAUUACAUCACUUAAGUGUUGCUUCUAAAGCUAACCAGAUAUUUUUUUGUCUUUAAAUAUUGUACUGUUAAAAAAGAUAAGUAAAAAAAAAGAAAAUGUUGACUUUUUUAGAAGAGGAUCUCUUUAUAAUUCACACCAUUCCAGUGUUGCACUAUACUUUGUAUGCCUUGGAUUAUUAUACGUAACUUGCAAUUUUGUUUACCUUUUUCUUUAAACUAAAACCAAAGAAUUUUACUCAGUAUUUGUUUAUUUAGAUUUUAUACACCAACAAACAGGUUCUAGUUGGUGCUAUUUUGUUAUUUUAUGGUUUUUGUUGUAAUUUUUUCACAAAGCACCUUCUGUGAUUAAUAAAACAAGUUGUUGUAGCAAA